ACCUGUCGCCGGGCAGACGGUAGCGCCAGCCGUGUUAUCAGCGCGCAGUCGAGCUUUCGGCGAAGCGUGGCGCCGUGUGGUGUCGUGUCGCGUUCGUACUCGAACCUCAAAGCGGACCAGAGCCCGCGUCCCGACCGUGAAUCCCGACGUGUGAGGACCGACGUGAUCUACGAGUUAUCCUUUUUCCGCCCCCCCGCGAGUCAAAGGAUGGGCGGUCACCGGGCGUUCCUGGCGCUCGCGGCGUCGGCGAGUUUGCUCCUGGCCACGUACGCACCGGGCCACGUAGCCGGCUCGAGAGUGCUGCAGAUACGCGGUAUUCCAGUGGCGAAGUCACCGCUGUACCCGCCGGAUCGCGACUUCGAGUGCCUGGACGGCAGCCGAUUGAUACCGUUCACGCGGGUCAACGAUGAUUACUGUGACUGUGGGGACGGCAGCGACGAGCCCGGAACGGCGGCGUGCGGCAACGGCUUCUUCUACUGCGAGAACACCGGUCACCAGCCGGUCUAUAUCCCGUCGUCCUGGGUGAACGACGGCGUGUGCGAUUGCUGCGACACGAGCGACGAGUACGCGUCCAAGGUGAAGUGCGUCAACAACUGCAACGAGCUAGGCCGGGAAGCCCGACUGGAACAGCAGAAGGCGGAGCAGUUGGCGCGAGAGGGUAACAAGCUGCGCUUAGAACUAGUGACCAGAGGAAAAACCAUCAAGACGGAGCACCAGUCGCGUCUAGCCAAACUAAGAACAGACUACACUGAGGCAGAGCUGAUCAAGAGGGAAAAGGAGAUGCUGAAGAAGCAAGCGGAGGAACUGGAAAGUGUGGCGUUGGAGAAGUAUAAACCCACUGAAACUGAACAACCGUCAACUACCGAGGAGGGUGUCGAAGAAGGUGAGGAAGCAGUCGAGGAGGAAGAUUCCAAAGUUUCCGAAGCGGAAGAUUAUUUCAAGAUGUUGGAUUCGGAUUCCAGCGGUACAGUAACAAUAAUAGAGCUACAAACCAGAGCUACAUUUGACAAGGACAGGAAUGGUGUCGUAUCGGAAGAGGAAGCGUUGUAUUUCUUGGGCAAAAAAGAAGUCACUUUGCAAGAGUUUGUAGAUAUCGCAUGGGCAAACAUAAAACCCUUCUUCAUGUUGGAGCAAGGUAUAUUCAAGGGAGCAGCGGAUAAGGACGAGAUCGACGAGCAGCAACCUACUGAGGAUUUGGAUCACGAGAAUGUAGAUGACAGAGAAAUUCAUGAAGGGGAGGAAGAGGAUGUCCCUGAGGAGGAACACGAGAAGGAACCAUCAGAGCCAGAAGUUCAGUACGACGAGGAGACACAAGCGCUCAUCGACGAGGCUAACAGUGCUCGUGAACGUUUCCAAGAGGCCGAGAAGGCCAUCAACGAACUGCAGUCGGAGAUUAGAGGGCUGGAGGAGAAGCUGGACCGUGAUUAUGGGCCUGAAGAGGUGUUUGCUUCGCUCGACGGCGAGUGCUUCGAGUAUACGGACUUGGAGUAUGUUUACAAGCUGUGCUUGUACUCUCAGGCAACUCAGAGAUCCAAGUCUGGUGGCAGCAGCGUCAAUCUGGGUCACUGGAACGACUGGGUCGGGCCGACCGGCGCCAAGUACACAAAGAUGAAGUACGACCGAGGCCUCACUUGCUGGAACGGUCCGGCACGUUCCACGAUCGUUACUCUGUCGUGUGGUACAGAGAAUAAGCUUGUGUCGGUGUCGGAGCCGAGUCGCUGCGAGUACGCCAUGGAAUUUUCCACACCGGCGCUCUGCAAUCCCAGCGCAGCAGAAACUGAUAGACAUGACGAACUGUAAAACUCAUUGAUUCAUUAGUAAAAUGAAAACGCGAUCGGUCGCACGUACAAUGUGGAUGUCAAGCACUUACACUCUUUCGGUGGACUGCGAGAUGAGAGUUGCAAGGCUCGAUGAGAAAUAACGUUAAGAUAAAAAAAAAUCCAUGCAAAUAUUUUCAACGCAAUUGCGAUUAGCAACAUAGCUAAUAAUUUUUUUUAUUCUAAUGGAUAUCUGUUAUCGCGGGUUGGGAUGCACUAUUUCUUUUUUCUUUUUGUUUCCUAGCGAUCAUUACGUAAUUAGCGUAAAGCUCUUAGGUAAUGAAGUUUUAUAGAAGUUUCGAAGUGCUAUCGUGUGUUGUAUCUUUCAGUAUCGAAGUUGUCUGUGAGUAAAACAAGAAUAUCAUUGCGAAUAUAAAAUACGUUGUCAACGGAGCCUAGUCAUGUAUUAAAUUGAUCAAAAAAUUUGAUCGCAUUUUCCCUACCUCGCUUUUACGAAAUGUGGGUCGUUGAAAAUCGAUGUGCUUUGUCAGCAUAAUUCGCGCAUAAUUGAUCCACAUCUUACUAAAGAAAAGUGAAAAAGAUUUCUUGAUCAAUUUAAUACAAUAUACAUUUAAUUGAUAACACUUCAAUAAUUUUAAAGAGAAUGACAAAUGACAGGUAAAAAUAUUCAAAUAUUCAGGCUGAUAAAAAAUGUGCCACUGUAUACACGAGUUACAACGAUUACGAUCGCGAUCAAUAAUUCGUCCUUGCAUUCUUAAUAUUCGAUGUUUCGCUAGUGAUAGUCCGCAAAAUAAUUAUCUUGAAUUUUAUCUCAUUUUAUGAAACCGUAAAGAGAUCGUUGUUACGCGCGAAUUCAUUGCCAACGUGUUGAAACUCGCUGUUACAUUCCUCUUUUUGUACACGAAGCAUUUCUACGAUGUGGUCUAAGAAUAAAAUCAGAAACGUAAUAACGGCUGAUGUUAAAUAUCCGACAUAUAACUUUUUGUAUCACUUCUAGUACAUACCUCGUUAUCGCAUAAGGAAAAAAAAAGUUCACACCGUUUCCGGGAUCGAUUAGCCACACGUACAUACUGACUAGGUCCUAAUGUUCAGCAUUAUACAUUUAAGUCGGAAAUUUUGUAAUUUUUUAAGGGCGCGCCACACACGAAAGUCGGCGUGAUACUGUGGAAUAUGCAUAUAAUAAAGAGAGAGAGAGAGAG